CGGCAACGGCACCUCUACUGUAAAAGAUCCUGUCCACCAACACUCGCCGAGUCCCAAUUCGACUACCCCAACACCGAACCGAGCACAAUCGAAUCGAAAUCACAACACCACCAGAAAGCCCAAGAUGCGUCCCCUCACAGAAAAAGAGACCGAGACCCUCUUCAACAAGCUGGCCAGCUACAUGGGCAGCUCGCUGAAGAACCUCAUCGCCCCGCUCGACAACGGUCCCGAGCCCGAUCGUUACGUCUUCCGCAUGAUCAAGGACCGUGUUUACUAUGUGCGCCUCUCCGUCGCCAAUCUUGCGACCAGCAUCGCCCGCGAUAAGCUUCUCAGCAUCGGUAUCUGCCUCGGAAAGUUCACAAAGACUGGCAAGUUCCGUCUGCACGUAACCGCUCUUCCCGUCCUCAGCGAGCACGCAAGAUACAAGAUUUGGGUCAAGCCCAACGGAGAAAUGCCCUUCCUGUACGGUGGCAACAUCGUAAAGGCCCACGUCGGCCGAUGGUCCGACGACUGCCCCGAGCACCAGGGCGUCAUCGUCUACGCCAUGGACGACAAGCCCCUCGGCUUCGGCGUCACCGCCCGCUCCACGGCCGAGGCGCGCCGUCUCGAUCCCACCGGUGUCGUCUGCUUCAGGCAAUCCGACGCCGGCGAGUACCUUCGUGACGAAGAUACCCUCUUUGCGACGAACAGUUAGAUGGGUCGGUCUUGUUAUGAGAGAUUGAAAGAGGAGGGGUGUGGGGGGUCUCGUUGUCAGGUAAUGGCCGUGGUGGUUGCGCUGCUGCUGCUGCUCUCGAUACCCUCUGGGUCUUCAUGUUUGGCACAUUUGGAACGGCGUUUUGGGUUCACCAAAAAAAGAAGAGCUUGAAGAACGGCGGGGCAUUUUCUACACGGCGUUUUACUGUGAUUGUUGGUCAUGGGCAAUCUUGAUCGUUUUACUUUUGGGGGAAGGAUACGCAGUUAGCUGUCGUUAGCUUAGGGCUCUCCAAGAUCUGGGCCUGCGAAGACCUGCUGUCUAGCAUAUACUGCGAAAUUUCAUCGACUG